CGGCAGUUCACAUGUCCCGUCGUCCCCGUCUCUCCACCAAUGGCCUUCGCGGUUGGUACCGUCAGUCAUCGUGCUUAUCUGUUACUCCCUCUCCUCUCACCAACCCCUUCUCCUUCUUCUUCAUCGCCAACCCAGUUGUUCCUGUUCAUCGUCAAACACUAGACUAGAGCGAUCUAGGCUAAGAGAGUGAGCUGGGUCGUCGGGGCAAUGGAGGCCGGGAAGUCGCCGACUGCCGGGAAGCCCAUCCGAUGCAGAGCCGCGGUGUCUCGCAAGCCGGGGGAGCCUCUGGAGAUCGAGGAGGUGACGGUGGACCCGCCGAUGCCUCACGAGGUUCGGAUUCGGGUCAUUUGCACCUCCCUCUGUCACAGCGACGUUACGUUUUGGAGAAUGAAGGAUCCUCCCGGAUAUUUCCCAAGGAUUUUUGGGCACGAGGCGGUGGGGAUUGUGGAAAGUGUCGGAGAAAAUGUUGGUGAGGUAACUGAAGGGGAUGUAGUCGUUCCAACCUUCAUGUCAGAUUGUGGUGAAUGUGAAGAUUGUAAGUCAAAGAAGAGCAAUUUAUGCUCAAAACUCCCCUUCAAGUUAUCUCCUUGGAUGCCUAGAUAUGAGACAAGCAGAUUCAAGGAUCUUAAGGGAGAGGUUCUAUAUCACUUUCUGUUCGUGUCGAGCUUUAUUGAGUAUACUGUGGUAGAUGUUGCCCAUGUAACUAAGAUUGAUCCUGCAAUUCCUCCAAGUAGAGCAUGCCUCAUUGGUUGUGGGGUCUCAACAGGGGUUGGGGCUGCUUGGAGAACAGCAAACGUGGAGGCGGGAUCAACCGUUGCAAUAUUUGGACUUGGUUCAAUUGGAUUAGCAGUUGCGGAAGGAGCGAGAUUGUGUGGUGCUGCCAGAAUAAUAGGUGUGGAUAUGAACCCAGAGAAGUUUGAAAUUGGAAAGAAGUUUGGGGUGACAGACUUUGUCUAUGCUGGAAACUCCGACAAUAAAGCGCUAAGCCAGGUGAUCAAUGAGAUGACUGGCGGGGGAGCAGAUUAUUGCUUUGAGUGCGUUGGUUUGGCAUCAUUGGUGCAUGAGGCCUAUGCUUCUUGCAGAAAGGGAUGGGGAAAAACAGUUGUGUUGGGAGUGGACAAGCCCGGUUCACAGCUGACCUUUAGCUCCUUUGACGUCCUUCAUAGCGGGAAAAGCCUUGUGGGAUCUUUGUUUGGAGGUCUCAAAGCUAAGUCAGAUAUUCCCAUCCUCCUAAGGCGCUAUGUGGACAAGGAGUUGCAGUUGGAUGAGUUUGUCACACAUGAGGUAGUCUUUGAAGAUAUUAACAAAGCUUUCGAGUUACUCAUCGAGGGAAAGUGUCUCCGGUGUGUGAUCUGGAUGGGCAAAUGAGUUAACUUUUUGCUGUUCUUUUAUUCUCAGAGCAAAAAACUCUGCACUAUUCGUGCAUGAAAUCGUGUUUUAUUAGGAAUUUGUUGUUCAUCGUAUUCUAAGGUGGCAAACCCUGCAAAUGUUCCCGAAA